UCCAAACAGACCAAACGGUCAACGCACAAUUUGAUAUUACGUUACGCACAGUUGAAAGUUGAAAGUUGAAAUAUUCAUGUCUACGCUCUUUUUUUAUAUUUGUACUAAAUUUGUGUUAACGAAAAUCGAAAUACAUAAAAUUUUUUCCAUUUCUGUGUGCGUGUUUAAAACUUAAAAUAAACUUAUUAACAUAUUCGGCGUAUCGUGUUCAUGUACAAUGUACUGUAGUUGUGUGCGUUUAUAGCCACUAUUGUUAGUGGCGAAACUGCAUUAGAAUUGUAUUUUAUUUGAUCUUAAGGUUAUCCACUCAUUACAAUAUCAUAAUGAGCCAGUCCAUAUCUGAUGAUUUGCUUGAGGAAAAUACAUUUGAUUGGAAUAAAUAUCUUACAACAAAAUAUGCAGAAAAGGUACCUGAAGAAUUUUUUCAUCACAUUUGUAAAAGUGAACUGAAUGGAAUUGAAGCGGGCUCAAUCGUAGAGAUCGAAAAUGAUGAUCAAAGUGGAUAUUGGUAUGCUAUUGUAGGUUCAUCUAAGGACGUUUUACUGAAUUUGCAUUAUUUUGGUGAUGAUAAUGAUCAACACAACUUUACGUUAGAAGUAAACUCACCACGUAUUCAUUCUUUAAAUUGGGGAAGUGAAAAUGAUAAAAAACUAGUACCUCCUUAUCCUGAAAGAUUCUCACGUUUUUCAAACCCAAAAGUUAUUAAAGAAAAAGUGGAAGAUUGUGAGCAUGUUGUAUCGAACGCUGUAUUACAGAUGGGAGGUACUCCAAUUUUUAAUAUAUUCAAGUGUGACAUGUUAGUAGAAGUUCAAGAUAAAGAAUACCCUUAUCGUGUUUGGAUUUCAAAAGUACUCAAAAAUAUAGGAGGAAGGUUACUCUUACAAAUGCAAGGAAUAGAAAGCCCUGAAAAAGAACCAUUUUGGUUAUUUUAUUUAAAUGAACGUGUUUUUCCAUUAGGAUGGGCAGAACAAAAAGGACUUCCAUGGAGAGUAAUGAACUUAGAUGCUGAUUUAGAAAACUGUAUCGAUUCUAGUGUAUUACUGAAUGUGUUAAAGCCAAAAACUCCAGAACAACACAGUUACAAAGUUGGAGAAAUGUUGGAAGUAAUAAAUCCUUAUUCAUUCAUGAUAUUUUAUGUUGCUACAAUUGUUAAGAUCUAUGAUAAUCGUUAUUUUAAAGUUGAAGUGAAUAAUGAAAGUGAUAUAAGCAAACGUAUCAGUUUUGUGGCUACAAAAGAAAAUCCUUAUUUAUUUAAUGCAGGUUGGGCAAGCAAACACAAAUUUUUGCUAAAACCUCCGUCUGAUUGGGAUCAACCAUAUAAAUUUUCUUGGUCAAAAUAUGGCAUAACAAAGAAUUUAAAAUUUGCUCGUGUAGACAAUUCAUGCAGGAAAAAUAUCAAAAAUGUUCAUGUCGGUAUGAAACUAGAAGCUGUUGAUCCUUUGAAUACUGAUUGUAUUCGUGUAGCAACAAUUAAAGGAUUUGCUGAUCAUUGGAUGUUUUUAUCUUUUGAUCGUACUAGUUGUCGUCAAGAGUUACUACAUGUGCGUUCAGUUUAUUCAGAUGAAGUUUUUCCAGUUGGUUGGUGUAAUAAACACAAAUAUUCUUUGAGUGCCCCAAAGUUUCCAUACAAUGAUUCUAAUGAUUUUGAACAUUGUUAUUAUUCAUCAGAUGUUGAUAUUGACUUAAGCCAAUCAGAACAAGAACAUUUCACAAAAUAUCCUCAUUACCUAAAAGGAGAACUCUUUUAUCAUUUUGACAAUAAAGAUAAAAUACAUUUUGAUGAUGGUUUUGAAGAAUUUGUAGAAAGUAGUACUAUGAAUAAUGAAGAUUUUGAAAUAGAAAAAUCUUUAAUUUCAAAAAUAGAUACUAUAAAAGAAAUUAAAAGUGAUAAUGAGAAUGAAACUGAUAAUGAAAAUUAUGAUGAUGAUGAUGAUGAUGAUGAUAAUAAGGAUCAUAUUUUGGAUAUUAAAGACGAGCCUGAAAUAGAUAAUGAAUUUCAUGAUGCAUUAUUUUUUGAAGAGAAAGUUCUCGAUAGACAAGAAAUUAUUAAAAAUGUACAAGAAGUAAUGAAAUGUGUUGAAGAAGUUAAUAAUAAAAAGUGGAAAAAAGUAAAUCGUGUUGAAACAACAAUAGAAAGUGUAAUUAAAAAUUCAACAAAAAAGUCUUCUAUAAAUUCUACAAAAAUGUUUUCUAAAAAUAGCUAUAAAAUGUGUAUUUACUUUAACAAAGAUUGUUAUCCUGGUGGCCAUGUAGUAAAAAAAAAAAUUCCAAGAUUACCAGAUACUAUUGGUCCCGGUCCUGUAUCCAAAGUUUUACAGGAAGCAAUAAGAGUAUUUGUUGAUUUAGACUAUUUUCCAUGGAAUGCAUUAAAGAAAAUUAAGAAUAUUCAAAAUAUGUUAUUUAACGGACCUGGUGGUGUUGAAAUGGUGAUAAGCACUGCUGCAACUAAAACUCAUCCUAAAACUUUUCGGACUCUUCUUAUUCCUGAAUCUAGAAAAAUGGCUAAAACAUAUUGUUCUGCUCUUUGUAAUCUAUCUGGUAUGUGUGAAUUCUUUAUGACUACUGAUGAUUCAAAGUGUCCUCAUGGUUGCAAUACAAAACAUGAUAAACCUAAAGAUAGAGCAUCUAAAGAACAAAAUGAGCCAACUCGAAAAUCAAAAAAAAAAAAGUCUCUAUAUCAUUCUAAAAGGAAUAGACCUUUAGAACGUCAAAUAACAAAUUCAGAUAUUGCUAAAGUUGCUACAGAAGUAUUGGAUUGGUCAAAUAAACCUUUAGUUGCAAGGUACAAGUAUUAUAUGGGAAGUAUAAUCCAUUUAGAAGCACAUAUUUUUCGAUUAAACCAAAGUUAUACUGAACUGGAAUCAUCACUUGUAACUGAAAUUAUAGCAAAAAAAAAUGAUCUUAGAAUGAUGGAUAGUAUGAAUGUAUUCAAAAAUACUAAAAUUCAAUCCGAUCCUGUUGAUGAAGCUCGAUUUAAAGUUUUUGAUGAUUGGAAAACCACUUUUGAAAACUAUUACCGCCAUAAUCCAAGAUUUAAGAAAUAUAAAAUUGAUAUAGGUCAAAUAGAACCUAUCAAGAUCACAUCAAAUCCAAAAUUUUGGACUGCUGAAGAUGUUUAUAAGUAUGUGACAAAUGAUCUGUUUUGUAAAGAUGUUGGACUAAAAUUAUUUAAUGAGGAAGUUGAUGGAGUAGCAUUUAUGCUAUUAAAUGAAGAACAACUUUUACUGCGGUUAAGAUGUACGAUAAAUUUAGCAAUAAGAAUAAUGUGUCAUGUCGCUGAAGUGAAAUAUGUUUGUUUAACAAAAUAUUGUAAUGUUCAAGUUUAAUAAAUACUUGACAAAAAAUUUUUAAAUUGUACUUUAUUUAUUGUACUCUAUUUUAUUUUGUUAAUAGUUAUUUAGAAAAUAAAUGUGGCUUAUCUAGUUUAAAACUUAUUGACAAUAAUAAUAAUUGUUUUUAUUAUUUUAUUU